UUGUAGGUGCGUAAAUUUUGCUUCAGGGUAUGCAAUUCAUGGUGAUAAUGGAGGUUAAUCAUGCCAUUCAUCUGGUUGGUCAUCAGCAGCCUGAUCAGCAGAUUCGUGUGAAUGUACUAAAUAUGUUCACACGCGCUGGUCAGUAAUGAUACCUGUUUAUAACAUAAUUUAGCCAUUUAGAAUUGGCCAUAAAUAUUAAAAAUGUAGAGAACUUUGAGUGUGAACUUCUCCUGUGUUUACAUAAAUAUGUAGUACGUUCACUGACUGAAUUACAGUUCACUUCUAAAAUAGAGACGAAAGUCAGAGUACAUGUCCCCCACGUCUCCUAGCCGUUCAAUUAGUCAUGGCUGUUCCAAAGAGUGAUGCGGAACUUCGAGCUCUCGAGACGUUUCGUCCCAUAGUUCAAGAUCUACAUUUUGGGGAUGGAGUCCUGAUGCGUUUUCUCCGAGCAAGGGAUCUUGAUAUGGUAAAAGCAGAGGACAUGUUGCGAAAGUUCAUUAUAUGGCGAAAAAAUGCCUUGUGUAACCAGUAUUUUACGUGGACGGUGCCCCUGGAUAUUUACCAAUUUGACAUUUAUCUGACUGGAUUUGACGAUGAAGGGCGACCAGUGCUAUGGGUACCCUACGGUUUGUGGCCAUCUGUCCGGGAUUUAAUGGAACGUGGCAUGACAGACGACAUUCUAAAGUACUGUGGAAAAAUGAUGGACAAAUUGCACCAGCUCCUCCUCCUCACGAAACACCAGCAAUUUGUUGUCCUCGUGGACAUUGAGGGGCUGACCUUCUCCAAAGUAUUUUAUGAAGCCAGGUGCUGGAAAGGGUUUACCACCUUGAUGGGCUUGCUCAGUGAGUACGAAAGGAAUUUUCCUGAAUUAUUGCACAAAGCCUUCUUAUUCAACACUCCCUUAGCGUUCAUGUGGGGCUGGAAAUUCCUUUCUCAUUGUUUCACGCAGCAUACGUUAUCCAAGGUAAACAUUUUCGGAGCUGGGAAUGACGCCAAACUCGAAUGGGAGAUCGCGAUGCGGACCAAUCUGCCACAACGAGCCAUUCCAAAGAAAUAUGGAGGCCAGAACCCAGAGCCAUUAAAUAUUAAUGAAGAUCUGAUACCACCGUGGGAAAAAUUCUGCAUGGAGAAAACGAGUGGUGCUAUAUAAUAUAAUUUAGUACCAACUCGUCAUGGGUUGGGAACACAUAUAAUAAUUUGCCGUUAAUUUGUACCCACAACGAAGUAGAUAAUGCAAUUAAAAGUGUCGCAAUUUAUGUAUGUUAGUGCUCGAUAAUAAUAAAUUAUUUAUUCUGUUCAUUUUAA